AUGGCGGGAAUAUCUCGCUUGCAAGUGCAUCUCCUUCAUUCUACUCCUCCCGCUCUCAAGUCGACUUCGCUCCUCUCGAUGUUUCCUCGCUUUUCUCGCUCUACUCCGCGUAAAAUUUUCACUCCUCGUCUUCUCUGUUCGACUCCUCAGAGUUCUUCUUCGGAGGCUGGUUCGAGUUCGAGCAGUGUUGGUGAUCUUCUCGAUUAUCUCAAUGAGUCCUGGACUCAGUUUCAUUCUACAGCCGAAUCGAAACGGCAUUUAGUUGCUGCUGGUUUUCAUUUGCUAAACGAGGAUGAAGAGUGGGACUUAAAAACCUGGUGGAUGCUACUUUUUUACACGAAAUAUGUCUUGUUUGGUUGCCAUUUCCGUAGGAGAAAAAGUGAGUUCUAG